UCCUGUUGUGGGCAGUCGUUUCCUGUCAGUGCUAGGUAACAAUGGGGAAGAUAAUGGCUGCUUGAGCUACGUCUUAGAACGGGCGCGGGGCUAGAGGCGGGUCUCUACCAAAGGUUCGGAGGCGGGCUAGAGAGCCGCGGAGGCAGUGGCUCGGCGGAGCCUUGGUGGCGGCGGCGGGGCCCAGCGAGUUCGCUCUUGGUCGGAAUCCCCGAAGCAGAGUGAAGAAAACUAAAUCCCAGUUUAUUGGAUUUGAGUACUAUGUCAUAACAGACAGAUAAUUUUCCACUUGUUCAUCAAGAUGGAGAACUCCGAUUCUAACGAUAAAGGAAAUGAUCAAUCUGCAGCACAGCGCAGAAGUCAGAUGGACCGAUUGGAUAGGGAAGAAGCAUUCUAUCAAUUUGUAAACAAUCUGAGUGAAGAAGAUUAUAGACUUAUGAGAGACAACAAUUUGCUGGGCACCCCAGGAGAAAGUACUGAGGAGGAGUUGCUCAGAAGACUACAACAAAUUAAAGAGGGCCCACCACCACAGAGCUCAGAUGAAAAUAGAGGUGGAGAUUCUUCAGAUGAUAUGUCCAACGGUGACUCUAUAAUAGAUUGGCUUAACUCUGUCAGACAGACUGGCAAUACCACAAGAAGUGGCCAGAGAGGAAAUCAGUCCUGGAGAGCAGUGAGCCGGACUAAUCCAAACAGUGGUGAUUUCAGAUUCAGUCUAGAGAUAAAUGUUAACCGUAAUAAUGGAAGCCAAACCCCAGAGAAUGAAAAUGAACCAUCUGCUAGACGUCUUAGUGUAGAAAACAUGGAACAGAGCAGCCAAAGACAAAUAGAAAGUCCAGCAUCUGAGGCAUCAUCUGCCAGAUCAUCUAGGUCAGAACGCAAUUUAACUGAAGCAUUCAUAGAAGUGCCAUCCACCAGAGGUCAGAGGAGGGCAAGAAGCCGGAGCCCAGAACACCGGAGAACCAGAGCUAGAGCUGAAAGAAGUAGGUCACCUCUGCACCCAACAAGUGAAAUUCCACGAAGAGCUCAUCAUAGUAUCUCAUCUCAGACUUUCGAGCACCCUUUAGUAAAUGAGACUGAGGGAAGUUCUAGAACCCGUCACCAUGUGACCCUGAGACAGCAGAUAACUGGACCUGAGUUACUAGGUAGAGGUCUUUUUGCAGCUUCUGGGUCAAGAAAUGCCGUUCAAGGAACAAGUUCUUCAGACACAGGUACCAGUGGUGAAUCUGCAGGAUCUGGUCAAAGACCUCCGACCAUAGUCCUUGAUCUUCAAGUAAGAAGAGUUCGUCCAGGAGAAUACCGGCAGAGAGAUAGCAUAGCUAGUAGAACUCGGUCAAGGUCUCAGACACCAAACAACACAGUCACGUAUGAAAGUGAACGUGGAGGUUUUAGGCGCACCUUUUCACGUUCUGAGCGUGCAGGUGUGAGAACCUAUGUCAGUACUAUCAGGAUUCCCAUUCGCAGAAUCUUAAAUACUGGUUUGAGUGAAACUACAUCUGUUGCGAUUCAAACCAUGUUAAGGCAGAUAAUGACAGGUUUUGGUGAGCUAAGCUACUUUAUGUACAGUGACAGUGACUCAGAGCCUAGUGCCUCAGUCUCCAGUCGAAAUUCGGAGAGAGUAGAGUCACGGAAUGGAAGAGGGAGCUCCGGUGGUAACAGCUCUGGUUCCGGCUCCAGCUCUAGCCCUAGCCCCAGUUCCAGUGGUGAAGGUUCAGAAAGUAGCUCAGAGAUGUUCGAAGGCAGUAAUGAAGGAGGCUCAUCUGGCCCAGCAGGUGCCAGGAGAGAUGGUCGACAUAGGGCCCCAGUUGCAUUUGAUGAAAGUGGUUCUUUGCCAUUCCUUAGUCUGGCUCAGUUUUUCCUCUUAAAUGAGGAUGACGACGACCAACCUAGAGGACUUACCAAAGAACAGAUCGAUAACUUGGCAAUGAGAAGUUUUGGUGAAAAUGAUGCAUUGAAAACAUGUAGUGUUUGCAUUACAGAAUACACAGAAGGCAACAAACUUCGUAAACUACCUUGCUCCCACGAGUACCACGUCCACUGCAUCGACCGCUGGUUAUCGGAGAAUUCCACCUGUCCCAUUUGUCGCAGGGCAGUCUUGUCUUCUGGGAACAGAGAAAGUGUUGUGUAAUAACAGAACUCUGAGCUGUGUAGCUGGAAUAGUGAUGGGCAAACAAAUUACUUGCUUUAUGUCCACUUUGUUGAGUGGUGCUUAAAUAUAAAGUCACAACCUGAACCUGAGUCAUUGCUUUCUGAGGGAAUCAUGUCUUUAGUUUCUCUUUCAGGAUGAAAAGAAUAUUUCAAAAGCAAUGUUUUAGGACUUAAAUGUUUGAUUUCGGUACCAGAUAAUUGCUAACCUGUUACUGAUAAUUUACCCACAUCCACUUGUCAUUUUUCCCUUUGUUAUCUUAAGGUCUGCCUUAGCAGUGGCUCCUUUCUCUACAUGUUGACCUCUUUUUAAAGUUUCCCAGGCCAUAAGAGAGGCAUGAAGAAAAUUCCCACUCAAGACUUAAGUUCCAUUAUGUGUUUUGUAAGUGAUUAAUUAAAACAAUACCAUUCCCAGUUAUUGACACCAAUUCAGUCACAUUCUGAAUAUUGUUUGUUCACCUUCCAGAGUAGGUGAUGAUGGACAUACCUGUGUAAAUAACACUAAACAGUUAGGAUCUUCUAAGUGUAUUAACUGUCCUAAGCCCAUCACUGUGGCACACAAUAGAGUGAACUUAUAGUUUAAUUGAGAUAUUUAUCUUGUGGAAAUAUUAAAAAAAAAGCCUAUGCUUGUGUAAGUGAAAAAAAUCACAUUCAUUUGUUUAAAAAUGUAAAGCUAUUUUGUAGAGGCUCAGUACUUUUCCAAUGCACUCUUGUAUUAAUGCAUUCAAAAUUGUAAAGUACCAUGCUUAGAAAUGAGAACUGCUUUUUGUGAGCCAGCAUAGUAUAACAAACACACCAAACGAAGCUGCUUUUGUAAGUGUGUAGAUGUCAAGAGCAGAACAUAUCUAUAUUUAAUGUAUUUGUGAACAGCUACUGUGACAUGAAAAGGAAAGGACCAUGCAGAAUCACACUGCUUUAGAGACCAAUGGAGGUUGUGCAUUUUAACUUGGGUUUAGGCAGGAAAUGAUAGAUGAGGGUAAAGAAAAGAGCUCUGAAGAGUGGGGGCACAUUUUCAUGAUGACAGUAAUACAGACAUGAACUGGUGUCCCACGGUGACAGCCACAGCAGCUGGACCCAGAAGUCCACUUGAGUAGAUGAAGCCGAUCGUUUGGCAGCGCUGUCUUUGGUUUCAGACAACGGACCACCGCCGCCUAGCACAAGUUCACUGGAUGUUUUUACAAUCUGCCCCCCAAACAAGGAAAGGUGGCGGAAGGAGAAAGACUAAACCAAUUUUAAAGUAAGGGUUUCAGUUGGUACGGAUGGGUGUGCUAUUGGAAAAGUCUCGGAUUUGCUGGUUUUCGAGAUUUAUCAUGUAAGGUACUAGUGCACACUUGUCAGUAUUUCAUUGAUGUAUCUAGCAGAUCUAACAUGCCACCUUUAAAGACCUAUUCAUAAAUUGAGAGAUUUUUUAUUGACAGUGAGGCAUGUGGGGUUAUUUGAAAUUCAGAUUCUAGUUGUGUUGCCCAUAUUUGAAGAUGAGAUGGCUGCCUCACAUCUAUGGACACGCACUUUAUUGUUUUUUAGUAGUAAGAAUAGAUUGUGAUAACCCCAGUGCUCUUGCCUGGGUUUUCUUUUGAGGCUGAUUGGGGUUAAGAUUAGUCUGGCUGUUUCUCUGGGGAAAGCUGCCAGGCCAGAAGAGAAGCUGGAUGCAGUAGGCACAUCCCUGGCCUUUAACCAAAUGAGCUAACUACCCGGAUUAGUCCAGGACUCUAGAAAAUGUUUUACCCAAAUCUGCCUUAGGAAUUACCUGCUUACUCUCACUGAUAUCACCUUAGCAGUAAAGAUUAUUUCAGAGUUCAUUCUUUCAUGUUUUCCUCUGGCUUUCAAUCCUACCUAAGUAUCAAAGAAACUCAAUUGUAAAUAUGGUAGUUGUUUACAAAGGAUAUGUACUGCUCUUGCAAGGAAAUAAUGUCCAAACAAAGCUUCACUUAUUUUUUUUAAUAUAAGCAGAUUUCACUGUUUAUGGCGCUUAUGUAAUACAUUUUUAUCUUUUUAAAAGAAUUGUCCAUGUAAAAGUCAGGAUUCAUUUAUAUUUGUGAGCCUCCUUGUCACCUUUCUGUGGUUUUCAGAUCUGCAGGAUAGUCCUGAUUAACUAAAAACAAAUCCAUUUUCCUCUUGGUAAAAUGUUCCAUGUUAGGGAUGUUCAUUUUCUAAAGCUCAAAAACAACUGCAGCACAUUCUAAACAUGAAGUUACUGACAACAGGUACCUCCCUGACCUCCUCAAACUCAUUACUCGUUUGUGAAGUCCUGAAGUCAGAGGUAACUCAAUAACUCAAGCAGGAUGCUGUUUAUGAAUGUAGAUGCUGAAGCUAUUCAGAAACACUGGAAAUCAAUCUUUCCAUUUCUAGCCUUCAGUAGAAUGCACAUGUUUGACGUGCAUGUGGGCCCUUUCAAAUAGCACUCAUAUCUUUUGGGUUGUGUAGAGAAUGAAUCCAAGUAUUUUUAGUAGGCGUUGCUUUUUUAUUUUACAAAGCCCAUGACUAUUAUAUAUUACUAAUGUUGCAGAUGUUCAAGAUUCAUAUAGGUGUCAGGUAUAGAGUAAAGAACGAAUAUCUUUUUCCUCACCAGUGUCCAAACACCUAUUCUUGAGGGAACAUUUUCUUGCAAAAGACUUUACAUUUCAUUUUGUAUCUUUGCACUUUUUCUUUAUUACAGAAAGGUUCUGUCUUUAAGACCUACUUUGAACUUCAUGCAGUAAUAAUGUUGGGAAAUUACAUUGUUCAAAGCAUAGGGAAAUUACUAAAGCCUGACUUUCCUUGACUCUUUCAAAUGUUUUUUUUAAUCCGCUUACUAGUGUGAAGGUUUGUCGUGUUUUGUUUUAUUCCACACAGCUUACAAUGUUAAGAUUAGUGCAGAAAACAGAAUUGAACAAGUUAAAAAUGGCAGGCUAUUUGCACUAACACUGAAGAGAGCUGUGGGGUGGGGGGUUGGCACAUCUCUGAAAAGACCAUGUUAGUUGCACCUCUGUGCUAAUGGAGGUGGCACUGGGGGGAGGGAGAGGCUCACACACUAGCAUUGGAGCAGAUAAUUGUCAAUUGAUAAGGAAGUGUUAGUGCCAGGAGAUACUCAAUCUUUAGGACAUGAUGGUCAGAAUCCAUCCAAGGUAGGAAACUGGUUAGCUCUGUUACCUUAAACAGUGGUUUGUUUUGUUUUGUUUUUCUCCUGGGAAAACUUCAUUUCUGUGCCAAGUAUUCUCUGCUUUUGUCAAUGUCUUAUAUUUAUGAAGGGUUAGCAUUUAGCAUGUUUUGUAUUUAACCACCUGCUUCUAUGACUUUUAGUCAGUUCUCCAAAUACCCACAUGAUAAAGAGGUCAACAUUACAAAAUGACUGUUAAGGCCUUUUUUAACAGUUUGCUAGAAUGCAGUGGCACCUUGGGGUUGACAUUAUUCUUAACAGAUAGGGGAAACUUUUUACUUCUUUUGUGAGAGGAAAUAAUUUGUAAUCUGCCUUAGUUGAUUUUUUUUUUCCUGACUGGCUUCCCUGUCACACGUUUUACCAAAAAUAUGCAGGACAUGGAAGCCACGCUUGCAGAGCACUUAGGGUCGGUCCUAAGCCAGUUCUGAUGGUUGCUUUCCAAAGUCGUCUUUCUGUACCUUUGUAACAGGUGGGGAAGGCACAUGUGAAGGUGUCUGGUUUUCCCCUUUAGCAGUUCAGUAUGUUUAAUGCUCAGCAACAGUGUUGUGAUUGAGUUCACUAGAAAAUGGUUCUUUUCAAAAAACGAUUUUUAAAUGUACAUUGAUGUAUCAUGCUUCACUUGGGGAGUUCAAGUGCAGGGUCUGAGGAAAGAGUAUUUCUAAGUCACAGUUGAAGCAAAUCAAAACGGCUGUGAGCUCCAUAUCUGCCCUUUAAAUGUUUCAGUUUUCGAGGUUGGGGCUUGUGCUGUGUACUCUCAGCUGGUCUGGAACUCAGGCUGGCCACAAACUUGGGGCACUCCUUGUGCCACUGCCUCUUGAAUGUUGGGAGUACAGGCACUUGUCACCAAACGUAGCUCCAGAUCUAGCUCAGCACUCUGAAAUUAAGGAUUCCUUUAUCUUCACUGGAACAUUUCUAAAAUACUCUCCAACACUCCAGGAAGUAAGUGGCCUCCUGUAAGUCACCAUAGUUUGUAUCUAAAAAGCCCACAGCUUAGAAUAGAAUUACUACCGGGAAUUUUUUUUUCUAAGUAUCAGUUUUAUGAUUGUUUUCAUGUCCAUGUAGAUGUCUGGAUUCAACUCUCAGAACUAUGGUGAGAUUCUUGGGACUUUUUUGUUUUGGUAUUUUGAGAGGGUCUCGUUUUGUAGCCCAGGCUGGCCUGGAAUUAGUGAUCCUCCUGAUUGCUGGGAUUACAGGUAUGUGUCACCCCACCCAGCAAGGAUUUGUUUACUAAAGUCCCAGAGCUGCUUUAUAGUCAUUUGGGUUAGCAGCUAUCUAGAGAUGCGCAGUGAAGCUGAACCCUAUCAUACCACUGUGCCUUGUUUCAAGGUUUUUCUCAUUUCUCAUCUUGAAGAUGGUUUCCAGUUCCAAUUUCUAGUCAAGCCAGCUGCCCAGCCUUAACUCUGUUCAGUGCCCUGUUACUAACAUUUUUUAACAGAUUGGUUUUUAUAUGUUUAAACUGUCCAGCAUUUGGAUUUUACCUCUUGAUAGCUCCAUUUGUCCCUGGUGCUGCUUUUAAAGGUAUAGGGCCCUGUGAAGUGUCUGGUGGAGUAGGUACGCAGCUGGCCUGGUUAUGGACCUAUGUCUGUCUUCUCCCAGGAAAAGCUGCUUUGCUAUCGAUGUUUACUUGGGUUCCUGGAAAGAACUGGGCAGCAAUCCUGGAAAGCUCUGUGAAGCCCAUAUGAAGCUGAAAGGUUUUGAAAAGGGCAGCCUUUAAGUCUUUGAACAUGCAGCACAUGUGUGCAUGCUGCGUAAAGGCUAAAGUGAUUGUCAUAGCAGGGCUUCCUGACCUCCAGGAAACGUUUUCAGAAAGCAACAGUGGAACGCAAAGGGAAGUGAAUUGGCUUGGCUUGCUAUGUCUGGUUUCUCAUUUCCUUAUCAUUUAAAUCGGAAUGAAACACCCUUCGGUAUCUGAUGCAGCAAACUCCUGGUUGGGAAGCCCUGUAUUAAAUUUUGAGAAUGUACCCAACUUUUUUGUACAGUGCUUUACACCUGCUAAAAUUUAACUUGUUUAAUGCAGAACAAGACCUUGAAAGGUCAUUCAUUAAAACUGGUUUGAUUAUUAAUAGCUAUCUUUUAGGAAGAAGCUUUUUCCCUAUGUACAAUGUCAUACUGCAGACUUAAAAUAUAGACUAUCAAUAAAAUGCAUGAAGUGAU